UAGGUAGGUACUCAGUCAGAUUGUAUAUAAGUAUUAGAUACAGCGGUAAACGCUCGUGUAUAUUAUUAGUAAAAAAAUCUAGUUUAGGCACAUCAAAUGAUACUUAUUGUGCAUUUGGUCAUCAAAUACAUUUAAUUCCGCAGUAAAAUGUUAAAUAUUGGCGAAUGGGGUCCGGGCCUUCGACAAAGACCUGCUGGAUUUGUUCAAAACUUUCAUGAGCUCCGAGACCAAUGUUUAAUACAAAAAAAACCAUUCACAGAUCCAGAAUUCGAUACAUACGAUUUAACUUUAUUUUAUGAUGUCCCAAAAGAUGGGUUUGAGUGGCGAAGACCAAACGAAAUUACAGAUGAUCCCAAAUUUUUCGUUGAAGGGGCUUCAAGAUUUGAUGUAAGGCAAGGAAAAUAUAUAGGUGACUGUUGGUUAUUAGCUGCCAUAGCAAAUAUGACUUUGAACAAAAAAGUAUUUUCUAAAGUAGUGCCACAUGAUCAAGGAUUUGACAAUAAAUACGCUGGUAUAUUCCACUUUAAUGGUUUUAGAUUUUGGCAGUAUGGCAAAUGGGUUGACGUGGUUGUCGACGAUCGUUUACCGACUCAUAGGGGAAAAUUAUUAUCUGUUCAAUCAUCAUCCAAAAAUGAAUUCUGGAGUGCUCUGUUGGAGAAAGCUUAUGCAAAAAUAAACGGUUCAUACGAAGCUUUGGAAGGAGGUUUCACAAUGGAGGCUAUGGGAGAUUUCACUGGAGGUGUGUCAGAAAUAUAUGAACUAAAUAACGAGCAUCCUAAUUUGUUCACAAUUAUGUUAAAUUCAUUUCAACGACAAUCGCUCAUGUGUGGUGCAAUACUCAAUUCGAAAUCGCCUGAUACAGACAAAAGAGGGUUAUUUAAAAGCCAUGCAUAUAGUAUUACCAGGAUAACUUAUAUACCUUUACCAUCGAGUAAUAGUAUAAUACCUCUUAUUAGACUUCGAAAUCCUUGGGGUAAAAGCGAAUGGAACGGGCGUUGGAGUGACAAAUCAGAUGAGUGGAAAUCUAUACCUCAACAUUUAAAACAAUCAAUAGGUCUUAUAAUAGAGGACGAUGGAGAGUUUUGGAUGCUAUUCGAUGAUUUUGUCAAAUAUUUCUCUAUAUUGGAAAUUUGUCAUUUAAAUCCUGGCUAUCUAGACAAUGAACAAUAUAGGGUCAGCGGAGGGGCAAAAUGGGAUCUGAGUAUAUUUGAAGGUGAAUGGGUCCGAGGCGCAACAGCUGGUGGAUGUGAUAAAUUUAAAGAAACGUUUUCAAGUAAUCCUCAGUACUAUAUAACAAUAGUAGAUCCCGAUGAAAAUGACAAUAACAAUAUGUGUACCGUAAUUAUUGCAUUAAUGCUCAAGGACACGCGUGGCCAACAGAAACAGAAAGCUCAAUCAUUGUCAUUUGGAUUUUAUGUUUAUAAUCUCAACACUUCAAAGAUUGUGCCGAAACCAUUAGACACAAAUUUUUUUGAAAAUAACGAUCCUUUAGAUAAAGUCCAUUGUUCUGAGUUCAAACCAAGAGAAGUCUGUAAGAGAUUUAGGAUACCUCCUGGUAAAUAUUGUAUUGUACCUUACACGUCUAACCAGAAUGAAGAAGGUGCGUUUUUACUCAGAGUAUUUUCAGAAAAAAAAAAUAAUUUGGCGGAGUUCGACAAUGAAGUAGGAAUGGUUGAAAUUGAUGAUAAGAUAAAAAAAUUGGCACUAUACAGCAAAAAAAGUGACGAUUCAAAUGAAAAAUUAAAAAAAUACUUCCUUAAAGUAGCUGGAAGUGACAAAGAGGUCGAUUGGAUGGAUCUUAAAAAUAUUUUGGAUUUUUGUAUGAAUACUGGUCACACAAAAUUUUCAAACGAUGUAUGUCGUUGCUUGAUUGCUAUGAUGGAUUGGGAUAGAUCAGGUAAACUUGGUUUUAAAGAAUUCCAAAGACUAUGGAUAGACAUUAGACAGUGGCAGGUUGAUAGGGACCGUCUUUGCUCAGUAUCAUUUUUCGUCUACGAUGAAGUUAUAACAUUGAAUUAA